AUGACACUUCUUCAACCACAGGCCGUCCGAGAAAACAAGGAAGUGCGUAGUGCCUUUCUUGCUCAAGUCGCGCAGCUAGUCACCGUUAUCGUCAGAGCAAAAGCAAAAGCGGAGGAUGUGGUAGCCGACCAUGAUGGCGACGAGCGCGAAAAGCAGAAGUUGGCAGAGAGCAUUAAGCGCUCUGAUCAGCUCAAGGAGCGAACGCAGGGCUUACUUAGUUCGAUUGAUGAACUUCGGCGGCGAGCAGCAGGACUGAAGGGUGGAGCAGGAUUCUGCGGGUUCCUCAAAGGGUUUGUCCAUGUAUCUCGGAACCAGACCAUCCUGUCGGAGAUGAAGGAAGAGAUAACAAGGGCCCUGAAGUUGUUUGAGAUUCGUGGUUCAAUAUCAGUCGAGAGCAUUCUCGACGAGGUCGCACGAGUUACAAAAGGAAUCCAACACGAAAUGCGGGAAGCUCUGCGUCAGCUUCAGGAGGCUGGUUCUAUCCUUCACGCAUCUGCAGGCUAUCGCUCAGUGGAUGAACUCAAGAGUGGGUUCAUGGAAGGUACUCGGGAAAAGCUCUUCGCAGAGCUAGAUGGCUGGUGGGCUGGUCGGUUUCCCGAAGGCAAGCCGAAGCGAUUCUACUUCCUCAGUGGCAGAGCGGGUCUAGGAAAGUCUACGAUUUCCCAUCAAAUCUGUGUUCUCUUCAGUGCAGCGGAGCAGCUCUCACUCAAGCUCGGCGCAUCAUUCUUCUUCGUCCGUAGUGGCGGAGACCUCGAGGACGCUCGCCUAUUCUUUCCUACCCUUGCACGCCAGCUCGCGUUAUCCCAGCCAACGCUCCGUCCACACAUCAUCAGCGCUGCACGGGAGUACCUCAAAUACGGCGACCAGCAGCAGAUGCAACACGCAUUCGAAGGACUUCUUUGCAAGGCUCUCGUUGCCGCUCCCGCAUCCGACCAGCCACCGACGUUGCUCGUCAUCGACGGGAUAGAUGAGUGCAAAGACACUGGCAGGACGCUAGUUCCCGAAUUGCUUCUAUCUCUGCCCAGGUUGGUUCGCGAAAUUCCCUGGCUAUACAUCUUCGCUGCGUCGCGGCCGGAAUUUCAUGUUCUAUCGGUCCUCGCACAUCCCGACUCAGCCGAUAUCGUUCACUAUAGGAGUCUGGAUGACACACUGGAGGAUUGGGCUGGCGAUGUGGAGCGUUACCUGGUGGGAACUGUGCCAAAAAUGCCAUCUUAUGCUGGCUUCCUUCGAGAGCACCCUGAUGCCCUCAACCGCCUCAUCUCGCGUGCGGCCGGCGUGUUCAUCUUCGCCCGCAUUUCGGUGAACUUUUUGGACUCUUAUCCCGAUUAUCUAGAGGAGCAAUUCGAACUUCUUUUCUCAGAUGGAGGUGCAGGGCUAUAG